AUGGGGGUAUCAGACAUUGAGUCUGUGAAGAUCCAUGGAGGAACAUUUGUCGCCUUGGCCCUCAACAACUUGGUUAAAUCUGGUAAGAAGCCAGAUGUGGUGAUCUUUCAUGGCAAUCAACCUGUCAACAAAUACAAUAAUCCAGACUUGAUGAUGGGCAUGUUUCCUACUCUUUUUCCAUUUGGGAUCGGAGGUUUCAAAGAUGCUGAAUGGCCAACAGCCUUGUCUUUUCAUUCUCAAGAUUUUAGAUAUCACAAUGCGUUCAUCUUUAGACAGGCUCAUCUCUUCACUCAUUUUGCCAUAAAAUCAGACAGAUUCGAUCAUGUGGCAGAUGAUAUAGCAUCCAUUAAACCAGAUACCAUAAGGGUGGUCACCCAGCAUCUGGAACAUGAGGAACAUAUACAAGACCUUUCGUCAGAGCAGCAAAAAUUGUUUACUCUCUUGGGAGAGGUGAAAGCCAUAGCAGGCAAGAUAACUGGCUCCAAGGCAUCGAAGAUUUUUUAUCAGAACAAGAUAAGAGUGUAUGUGGGGCAUUUUGAACUAUUUCAUCUCUUUUCUAUGGCAAAUCCAGCUCCCACACAUAGUCCUAUUUUUCAGUUUAUGUGGGGUGACAAGACUGUUGACUUGGAUGCGCGUUAUCCUCGAAUUGCAGAAUAUGCCCAGCAAGGGCUCCAGCUUGCCCAGGAUCCAGUAACCGGUAUGGACUUCUUUGAUUUUGUGGUUUGA